AGUGGUGAAGCCGCAGCGGAUUAGGAAAUAGGGGGUCGGUCAGUGAACAGAAAUAUGCUGAAACACGAGAAACCUUAAAGACGGCUGAACUGUUCCGUUCUUGUGUUGUUGAAUUUCGUAGACAUUGUAGUUGCCUUGGAAACAUUAUUCCGGAAAUCGUCCUGGAAAUAUUUAAUGGUCUGCGACCGCCACAGCAUAAGUCUCUUGAGAAGUGCUGUUUGUUUAGCUCUGCUAGCUGUGUUUGAUAGGCGGUCACUGAGUUAGUUACAUUGAGCUGCUAGCUGCAAAUGCUUUGGUUACUGUGUUAAUGUUACAUUUAUGCGAAUGGAUUGUUUUGUCAUCCAUUUUGGCUUUUGGGAGUUUAUGGUUGAUUGGUUAGCCGGCCAAGUUCUAUAGCUUGGUCGGUUAUGUAGUCAGGUGCAGUUCACUGACAGAUUUAUAUAGCUAGAUGGCUAGUUAGGAGAACACAUGUGCUGAUUUAGUCAUUUAAGUCAGAUUUAUAGUCAUUCACUGCGUUUUGCACAUUCUGGCAACAUGAAUCCCACUAAGAAGUCUUGUCUGGUCCUUAUUGUGGCGUUAGCUGUGACUUUGGAUGUGACAGCUGGUGAAGUACUUCCAGAUGAUGAAGGGGGUGCGAAGGUUGGUGCUCCUCAGAGCACAGAUGAUAAUGAUGGCUCCAGAAUUAUGGCGGGACAUGCAUAUGUUCCUAAAGAUGCCCAGCCUGACAGAAGCACAACAGACACUGGUGUGGAAAGCGAGAUUGAGGGGAUUGAAAAAGAAGACCUUCCAAAUCAGCCCCCUCCACCAGAGGAACGUCAUAAAGAAGUUCCGGUGGUCAUUGGUGGAACGGCCUCUGGAGAGCCCUGCGUCUUUCCUUUUCUUUUCCAAGGGAAAGAGUACUUUGAGUGCACUACUGAAGGCAGAGGAGAUGGGAGGCUGUGGUGUGCCACAACGUACGACUACAGCACUGAUAAGAAAUGGGGCUUCUGUGAAACAGAGGAGCAGGCAGAGCAGAGGAGGUUGGUGGAAGAGGCUGAAGAACAGUACCAGGCCACAAUUAGAAUGAUUAAUGGCACCAACCGGAGGAGCCAGAAGAAAGAGUUGUAUGACAGACUCCUGAAAGUUGCAGAGAUGGGUCAUGCCAAGGCCAUGGAGAAAGUGGCAUAUGCCAUGUUGUUUGGAGACUACUUACCCCAGAACGUUCCUCAGGCGAAGGAGAUCUUUGAGAAACUGGCACUGGAGGGCUCCCCUAAAGCCCAGACUGCACUCGGUUUCCUAUAUGCUGCAGGAUUAGGAGUGAACUCUAGUCAAGCAAAGGCAUUGGUGUACUACACCUUUGGAGCUUUGGGUGGAAACCUAGUAGCACAUAUGAUUCUGGGCUACAGAUAUUGGGGAGGUGUUGGGGUUCCUCAGAGCUGUGAAUCUGCUCUCACUCACUAUAGACUAGUGGCCAAUCACGUGGCCAGCGACGUGUCCCUGACAGGGGGCAGUGCAGUACAGCGGAUCAGGCUCUUAGAUGAAGUGGAAAAUCCUGGUUCUAGCAGUGGAAUGCUAGAGGAGGAUUUAAUCCAGUACUACCAGUUCUUGGCUGAGAAGGGAGAUGUGCAGGCACAGGUGGGUCUGGGCCAGUUACACUUACAUGGAGGACGAGGUGUAGAACAGAAUCAUCAGCGAGCAUAUGAAUACUUCAACCAGGCAGCAAAUGCAGGGAACACACAUGCAAUGGCAUUCCUUGGAAAGAUGUACUCUGAAGGCAGCGAGUACGUGCCUCAGAACAAUGAGACGGCCCUGCAUUAUUUCAAAAAGGCUGCAGACUUGGGUAAUCCAGUUGGACAGAGUGGCCUCGGUAUGGCUUAUCUGUAUGGAAGAGGCGUUCCUGUGAACUAUGACCUGGCACUUAAGUAUUUUCAGAAAGCUGCAGAGCAAGGCUGGGUGGACGGACAGCUACAGCUGGGAACCAUGUACUACAAUGGCAUCGGGGUAAGGCGUGAUUAUAAGCAGGCACUUAAAUUCUUUAACCUGGCAUCUCAAGCGGGUCACAUCCUGGCCUUCUAUAAUCUAGCCCAGAUGCAUGCCACGGGGACUGGGGUCAUGCGCUCCUGCCACACUGCAGUCGAGCUCUUCAAGAAUGUGUGCGAGCGUGGCCGCUGGUCUGAGCGACUCAUGGCGGCAUACGGAAGCUUUAAGGAGGGAGAUAUGGACUCUGCACUAAUACAGUAUCUGCUGCUGGCCGAACAAGGUUAUGAGGUUGCCCAGAGCAAUGUGGCUUUCAUCCUCGAUCAAAAAGGGUCACAGAUCUUCAAUGAGAAUGAAACAUACCCACGGGCUUUGCUCCACUGGACCAGAGCAGCUGCUCAAGGAUACACAGUGGCCAGAAUCAAGCUGGGCGACUAUCAUUUCUAUGGCUAUGGCACUGAUGUGGACUAUGAGACCGCAGUCAUUCAUUAUCGUUUGGCCUCUGAACAACAGCAUAGUGCACAGGCCAUGUUCAAUCUAGGAUAUAUGCAUGAGAAGGGCCUCGGUAUCAAACAGGACAUUCAUCUGGCUAAACGUUUCUAUGACAUGGCUGCAGAGGCCAGUCCUGAUGCCCAAGUUCCUGUGUUUCUGGCCCUGUGCAAGUUGGGCCUCAUUUAUGCACUACAGUACCUGCAGGAUCUCAAUCUGAAGGAGCUUCUAUCUCAGGUGGAUCUUGACCAGUUACUGGGUCCAGAGUGGGAUCUCUAUCUCAUGACUGUCAUUGCUCUGCUCUUGGGCACAGUGAUCGCAUAUCGGCAGAGACAGCACCAAGCUGUACCCAGAGCCCCUCCAGCGCCCCCUAGACCUCCAGCCCAGCCGGAGCAGCCUGCAGGAGAGCCUGAGGAACAAUGAGAGAGCAGAGAUCAGGGUGGAGGUGACCGAACAGGACUAGGGUUACGGGAGAGCGAAUUGAGGCCCGCUAGCGUCUCUCUCCCCAGGACAGCCGCUGACACCUACACCCUGCUGUGGUCUUUAAUCCUGUAAACCCCUUUUGGAGCUUUCAAGACUCUUGUUGCCCUGUCUAGCCCCUCUCUAGUCUUUUUUUUACUGUGGCUUGGGGAAGAACUAGAUGAACUUCUACGAUAUCUUAAACGUGCGCCUCAGGGUUUUGCCAAGUGAAAUAACAUUUGUGCAAAUCAACGCUCACUAUGUGGGGGGAAAAAGAUUACAUUGCUGAAUAAACUAUGGUAGUUGUUUAUGAAUUUUGCUUGCCGCUGUGCUAAAAGUCAAGGACCGAACCUGUUUUGUGCAACCCAUUCAGAUUUUUUUUUUUUUGUUAGUAUUAAGUUCGGUACAAAUUCGGACUCGGACACCAGUCCUCAUUGUGAUACAGAGUGUGAGGUGGGCUGCGCUCUGAAUUCGAUAUGUAAAAAGUUCAUACUUUAAUCAUACGUUAACUUAAGUGGCUUGCUAGCAGAUUUUUUUUUUUUUAAGUCCAGAAAUUAUUUAUAAUGUCAGUAUUCAGACAAAAGUUUUCACCAGCACAUAGAUGUAGAUUUCACUUAAUUAAAAUGUGCAGUUAUAGAAGAAUAAACUACAUGGUAAGUAAUCUUACCAAAGCUCCGAACUCUGUCAAAAGGCUUUUUAUUGCCAUAAACGCUCACCCUGCCAAAUGUUGAGUCACUGAGACUGCCCAUGGACCUCAUUUUGUUGUUACAAAAUUGUGUCUGUAGCAUAUUUAUGGUAAAGAUUCAGUGCAAUUAUGGCUGGUGUCCAGUAUGUUUCAGAUUAAGCUUCAUUCUUCAGCAGUCAUCGAUUCAACCUUUCCCAAAAGUUCCCAAAAUAGGAUAUAAAUUCCACUGCAUACAUGAAAAACAACAUUUUAAUUGUUGAAUGGGUUGCUGUUUGGCUAUAAUGCUCAGUUUUCUGUUUUACAAGACACCUUUUUCCUUUUUUAUUUUCAGAUUAAGACAUCGAAUACUCUCAAAGCUAUUUUUGAUGAUUAUCGCGUGAGGUCUGUUGCUCUGUAACAUCAACUUCCUGAAGCGGAUUCAUUUGCUUCAGGAUGUGCUGAAUCUUAGUUCUCGUGUCUUUUUUUCAGAGGAAAAUAUUUUUUCAGAUCACUUAAUUUGUGAGCAUGUCUAGAAUAUUUGAUCGUUUGGCGAUGGAAUGUGUCUGUCGUUUCAGGUAAUAUAGCAAUACCACAACGUUUGGUGUUUAAAAAAAAAAUAAAAAAUCUGUAAUGUAAGCAUACAUAUGUGAAUAGGAUGUGAAGGACUGUUUUUCAUGCAAAGAUGCACCAGAACAUUAGUCUGUUUUUGUGGAGUUCUCUCAAUUCAGCAAUGGUUUGAAACUAUAAAAAUCAUAUUCUUCAUAUAACAGAUUCUUCUAUGUAAAUCAAGCCGCUCAUGAUACUGAGAUGACAACGGAUGAGUCUAAAAAAAGCAAUGUUGUCAAAUGGCAAUGUUUCUAAAUAACUAAUAAAAAUCAAUGGUUUCCAGCUGAA